CAAUGGCCGGCUUUAUUAAUGAAUUAUAACAUCCAGUGCACGGACUACAACACUUUAUUGCGCCAAUGUUCUUAACGUUAAGAUGCACCCACUUUUCCCGGUAAUUUAAGCCUCUUGGCAGGCCAAACAGAUGCACGAACUUGUUCUAUAUUAAAAAAAUAAAAUUUUAACAAAUCAAGAGUUGAAUUAAAUCGCUUCAGAAAUAUAUAAAUUGAAAAAAAAAUCCCUAUGAAGAGGAAUGUGAAUAAACCGCAAAAUCUUACGAAAAAGUGGCAAAAAACGCUAAGAAAGUAAUUUUCAGAAAUUCGCUACCAACUACAACGAUGGCCAAGUGUGGAUCUGCAGUUGAGGAGGUCUACGUAAAAUCGCUUACGAUAAAUGAAGCUGAUGAAUUCAAUUGUACUGUAGCGACCACGUAUGGGCUCCUUGAUUAGCUGAUGUGCUGGAUUGCGGAAUUGUCGUAUCCAAUGCUGCUGGAAAAAUUUAUUCUCGGCUGUUAAAGCUGCCUAGCGUUUUUGUUCUGGCUUAUAUCCGAGAAGGAAGAAAAAACCCAGCAAAUAUUUUUAAGAACAAAAGCCCGAUCGAGGAGCGAAAGUCCGAGGAAACCACGAACAAGUCAACUCAGCUAUAUUUAACGAAAUACAUACAAACAUACAGAUAUGAAUCACACACGGUUCCUGGUGGGACCACCACCAUUCGAUUAUAACCUGCAUGGCGCUGACUGCGCAAAUGAAUGGAGAAAUUGGCUGCGGGGUUUUGAGCUGUUCUUGAAACUCAAUAAAACUUAUGACGACGACGAAAAAUGCAGCAUGUUGCUUCACUAUGCUGGGCAAAAGGUUCAGAAGGUAUAUUUCAAUCUGCCACCGACGUCGAACAAUGGCGAGAAAGGCCCACUAGCGGGAGGUUAUGGGUGUUUCGAAACAAGCGAAUAUAAUGAUGCUGUCGCGAAAUUGGAACAUUUCUUUGCACCGAAACGCAACAAUACGUACGAGCGACAUGUUUCUAGACGCAUGAAGCAAGAGUCUGACGAGAAGAUUGAAGUGUUUACUAUGCGCUUAUGCGCACAAGCGGAGCGUUGUGAACUCGGAGAGCAAAUGGAAGGGAAUAUUAAAGAUCAACUUACAGAAGGUUGCGCAUCCAGUUUGUUGCGCCGAAAGAUACUUGGGCGGGGUGAUGACGAUUUCGAUGCUGUUCCUAAACUAGCGAAAGUUAUUGAAGCUGUAAGUGAGGAACAGAAAAUAUUCGGUCAGCAGGAAAAUCAAACGGAACCUCAUGAUGCAUCUCAAGAAGUUAAUAAAAUUGGUGUAAGGCAAAAGAUUCGAAAUUCUAGCGGCGACUGUAGUCGAUGCGGGUACAAAGGGCAUAAGGCAAGUGACAGUAGAUGUGCAGCAUUUUGCUCGGAAGUGUUUCUCUCGGGGCAACCGCAGCGAAGGAAAUGAACGCACUUGGAAGGAAAAGCGC